CUUGUACACCAUCCAGCCAGGCUAGCCAUCCAAUUGGAUAUCGACAACUCGUCAAACGCAACUAACCCUAGAAGGGAAGCUCAGGUCGCGUUGAACCCAUUGCAGCGAGGUUCACGAGGAGCGGGGAGCAAGGAGACAUCUCUAAAACCAACGCCGACGUCAUCCUACAAACGCGUUCACGACCUUUUCUACCUUCUCAGUCUUCUGCGACGUCACAACCGAACGAGGAGGAAAAAGAUGCCUCCCGCUAGACCUCUCAAGCGGGCUAGACAGAGGUCUUCCCCCUCCGAUAAUCGCGAUCACGAUCAAUCUCGGCCGGUCCGUAGGAGACGCAUCGAUCGCUCAAAGGAGGUCUCGACCGCGACCGCGUCGACAACCACCAUGUCCACCGCGGCUCUUCAUCAAUCUGAAAGAACUACCAUGAGUCGUCAAGCUGGACAUUCGAGAUUGAAUAAGAGGACCGGGAAAUACUCAAAGGCUAGACCUGUGACCCUUCGUCCUAUCGCGAAGGUCCACGAUGAUGCGAGUUCGGAUGAAGGGGAUGAUGAGAACGAGCUCGAACUCGCCGGGCUGGAGACCGACUUGUUGCCUCCCUCGUCCCCCGCCUAUGGUCAAAAAUUGCCUGUUCAGGCCACCUUCCCAAAAGGGCGGACAUUGGAGGGGUUGGCCAGGAAGUUGGAUUUGCCCCCGACCGUUGCGCCUAUCAGGUCGUUGCCUUCCCCCCAGCUCAACCUUAACCUCCCUCCUCUCAACCUCGACCUCAGCUUAAAACACAGCUCGAACUUUCCACGACCUUCGCUACCUACCCAAAUCCCGUCUCAUACAAACCCACACCUAAACAGAUCGUUCUCCACCCCACGCAAGAUCUCCGGCUCGCGCUCUUUUGCGGGGGAAACCACCGAGGAAGAGCAAGAAAGCGGGGAUGAGAAUGGAAGUGAUAUUCUGAGCGAGAUCGAGGAGGAGAACAGGGAGUAUUACAAGGAGAUGCAGGAACGGCAACGCCAGUCGCAGGUGAUAGGCAAAGGAAAAGGGAUAGAGCGGAUGCAGCUCUUACCGGGAGUACAUGAUCGGCGAUUACAGCCGACUGUCAGCGAUGUGACGACCAGUCUCAAGAUGCUCGGCUCGCCCGUCUUGAUCCGUUCCAUUCCUAAACGGUGUUUUCCAUCAAGUACCACCCCAACCCCGUACGGGUCUGGAUAUGGAUCGCCUUCCGGCUCAUCAGGACCUUCUUCUCCAGGCAGCCUUGCUGUGGAUGAAGCAGAGAUCGAGAGGGAGUUGUUCAUGGACGUCGACAGGGCUUCUUUGGCGCAGGAAGAGGAAGAGGAGCGGCUGAUCUCGAACAUGAUGCUAGGAGGUGACACGGAGGAUGAGGACGCCGAGACGAUGCAGCUUCCUCUAGCUGAUUCGGUUCGAUUGGAACAUCGAGCCCGGAUCACAGCUCUAUGUCUACCUACAACCGAAUCGUUCAGUGGGGCCCGAGUCAGGCGGAUGGUCCGUGCCAGACAGCUCGGACAGGUCGUCGAAGACCUAGGAACACCAAUGUCGAUGAGUUUCGCCAGACUUGUAGCCGUCAAGAGGCGGGGGAAGUGGAACGCAGCCAAACUUUACGCGGGAAAGACGAUCAGGCAGGAACUGGUCGGGUCGAAGAGCCGAGCGGCAGGGUCCGUAGGGUCGGGCUCCGGGUACGAUGUAGGCAUGCUCAGGGAAGCUAUGCGACAAGCCGCAGGACGUCGAAGCUUGAUGGCGAAGUACAGAAUUGAUGCUAGUCAGGUCGGGCUGGAUUCGACCUGGGCUAGCGGGACGUUGACGGCUUGGUGGACGACACUCGGCAGGGUAGAGCCUUUCCGAAGCUUCAUGCUAUACGUCCAGAGCGAGCCGAUGGUCAGGGCGCUCUGGUUACUCGAGAGGGAGAUGCAGGAGGAGAGGGAUGUGGACGUGAUUCUUCCGAUUGAUACGGCCGAAUCCAGCGCUGGGCCUGCGACUCCUGUCCAGGUUGAUGACCGCAACGAGGAAGACACAGGAGCCACGACAACGGCGGUCAGCAGGAGAAGAGUCUAUACCGAUGAUCGACACUUGGCAGGGCACGAAGCUCUUUACCCGGAAUUCAUCGAACGUUACGUCUCCAGGCUCUCCGAGACGGAGCCUAGGUUCCACCAGCUCCGAGCUUGGCAAUCGAUCGAUGCGACGUGGGAGGCGAGGUUCGCCGCUCAGGAAGAACGAGACAACCGACGAGCGGCGGAACACCGAAGGAGGACGGCUGAGCGAGCUAGACAGAGGGAAGAGGCUGAGCGACGGGUCAGGGAAGCGAGGGAACUGGAGGAGAGGGAAGCGCUCAUGCGGGCCGCGCAGAUUGCUCGAUGGGAAGUUGAAGCGGAACAGAGCAGGUUGCAGAGGAUUCAGGAGGAGGGUGCGCGACGCCAUACAGACAGUAUGGGGCGUGCGGCCGCUGUCGAACGAGACGCUGCGAUCAUGGAUAACCCGAACCCGCCGACUUAUCCUGCUGCGGUACCCAUCGAGCCGGUAGUUGCCGCCGCCUCGCUCCCCGUUACGCCGCCUCCGGCUGCUCCUCAAGACCUCCCGAACUAUAGCAGGAUUGUUUACGGCAAUCGAUCCCCACCACCACCUCCGCCAUACAAUGCCGUGGGUGGGUUUGAGCUGGUCGAGAUCGAUGACCUACUCUUUGACGACGAUGACGAGGACGGAGAAGACGAGGACAUUGAAGACGACCUCGGUCCUAUCCGAGGUAAUUGGCAGGACCCAAGCUUGCUGGAAAAUACGGCGACUGAGCCCCGGUUUGUAGGUGUGCCCGCAAACCAGCAGCCUAGGAUCCUCUCGCUAGAAGAGAUGCAGGCCGAGCAGGAGAUGUACGUGCAAGCAGAGAGGGAACGGGAAGAGGCGGAAACGACCAACAGACGCGGUCGAUGCAUAAUCAUGUAGCAUUCAUUCAACCACAUUCUUGUAAUACAAUCAGUAGGUAGCGUUAUUCAUGCAUGUCUCUCGCGGGCUCAUGGUUCGAUCUAGAUGAGCGGAUAUGACUGUGUUGCAAGCUGCUACCCAACGGGG